AUGUUCUCGUCACUCCUGCGCCGCCCCAAGCGCGGGUCUCGUCGUCUCGAUAUCCAUGACCUCUCCGUCUCUCCCUCGUCUGGGCCCCCUCGACAACGUCAGUUUACUGGCCGAGCCCACGCUACUGCGGAUUUCACCGAAGCCGAUGACGAUGAUGAGGAUACAAACGAGGAAGACCUGAUUGGGUUUGACGAAGAGGCCGACGGUGUACAUGACGAAGUAGAAGAAGAGGAAGACGCGGACGAUGCCGACCAUGGGGCAGACGAAGACAAUCGCCAUCGGGCAUUGCCUGUCCUUCCUCUGUUCUCAGCAACACACCUUGAUGCCCUGCCAAUAUACAGCAUUACCCACUCUAUUCGUAUAAUUGUGAGCGCUCGUACCGAGACAACGCUAUCAUGGGACCAACUUCGAUCUCCCCAGGUCUCCCAGUUCCUCGUAAAACCCAUGCAGCAGCAGAUUAGAACACAGCAUUUCUCGAGGGCCACCAUAUAUGCCUUGAUGGCAAAUUGCUUGCAAUUUGCCAAGGAAGGACAAAGGUAUGCUGCCAAUGCUGGUAUCAGCAACACCAGAGCCAAGGUGUGCGAAUUGCUUGCUCUCAAGCUGUUGAAGGAGUAUUCUACCAGAGAACUCAUUGAUGCCUUGGCGUACGACUUCUACCCCCUCCAAGGACUCCCAGGAGCGCAGCCCCCUCUUCCAGAGGGCAAGUCGUACAGCAAAAGUAAACAAGCCAUGACCGCAUCAAGGACUUCAACAUUGGAAGUGGCUAUCCGCGCUUCUGCUAAACAUUUUCUUGCACAUCCCGUCGUUAUUCAACAGCUGGAAGCCAUUUGGAACGGAGCCAUUACUUUCUAUUCUUCCGCUGACAGUUUACAUCGCGAACUACCUCCCAGCCCCUGGGGAGGUAUGAAUGGGGAGAUUGCAAAGCCAGAUUCCAGGACCCCAUUACUUGGAUCGCUUCCAGCAAAGCCAGGACAGUACCAUGUUCCAUCCGAAAGGAGAACUGUUAUGCUCUAUGACCCUAGACAGGCUUCCAUGUUCAAGCUUUCCCGUCUUCGAGUGCCACGUUAUAGGUCUUUUCUGUCUACGUUAUCACUUGCUGUAUUGAUUGGCCUCUUUCUUGCCGUAUUGUCACAGAGAUCCGUCAAGAUCACAGGGCUGGAGUUGGUCUUCUGGUUCUGGAGUGCAGGGUUUAUGUUGGAUGAGCUUGUUGGCUUCAACGAGCAAGGAUUUGCUCUCUACAUCAUGAGCUUUUGGAAUAUUUUUGAUCUCGGAAUCCUUGUGCUGUUGAUAGCAUACUACUGCAUGCGAGCGUAUGGUGUAUUCUUGGUUGACCCCCAUCACUGGAAUGCCAUGGCUUAUGACGUUCUAGCCGCCAAUGCUAUUUUGCUUCUGCCCCGGAUUUUUAGCAUUUUGGAUCAUUAUCAGUACUUUUCACAGCUUCUAAUCGCAUUCCGGCUCAUGGCUGUGGACCUGGCUGCUGUGUUCGUCUUGGUUUUGAUCAUGUGCAGUGGAUUUUUUGUCUUUUUCACGCUAUCCCAGAAUGCAAGCAAUGGUGGUGAGGUUGCUUACAAGAUAUUCCAGAUUCUCAUGGGCUUUAGUCCUGCCGCCUGGGACGUGUGGCCGACAUAUAAUUGGUUGGCGAGAAUAUUAAUGAUGAUUUUUCUCAUUAUUUGUCAUUUCUUGGUUGUAACAAUUCUUAUUACUGUUUUGACUAAUUCUUUCAUGGCGAUUGCUUCCAAUGCUACGGAAGAACACCAAUUUGUAUUUGCGAUCAACACCAUCUCCAUGGUCAAGAAUGAUGCACUCUUUUCCUACAUUGCCCCUAGCAAUAUAUUUGCUUGGCUGCUGAUGCCAUUGCGCUAUUGCAUGCCUUUGAAACACUUCGUCUGGCUGAAUCGAACUAUUAUCAAGGUCACGCACUUCCCAGUUUUGUUCAUGAUUUUUUUGUAUGAACGAUUUUGGCUUGCGCCCUCCAUGUUUGAGCCUACAGAUCUUGUUGAGAAUCACGGUCGGUCCCGGACUCGGGCGAUCUCUUUCGGAGAUGCGGCGCAGCGUACGGCCAUGUUCAGUCCUAAUGUACGUGUGCGCGAGGAAUCCGUUGCAGGGUUUCACAAAGAUCGAGCGCUUGAGGAAGUUUUUCGUCGUGUCCCGGAUGCGACAACAUUACGCACCCAGAGAAGAAAUGAGCGACGCAAGACACAGACUGCUAUCCGAAACUGGAUGGAGCAACACGAUGAAGGGGGUAUGCCGCCUACGAAUUGGCCAACGCUCGACAGCAGGGCCGUGCCUGAUUGGCAAAGGAGGAUGAGUGUUGGCUGGGACAAACCUUCUUCACAUCUACGACAAGUGUCCGAGGUCAGAUCUACAGCGAGCGACCCAGCAGACUUCAUGUCCAACCCUGGUGCAUCAUUCCGUAACGCCAGGGGUCGUGGAUCAAGGGUAGAAUUGAUUCUGCCCGAGUACAAGGAUCAUACAGACGCAGAUGGUGACGAUGAACUGGUCACAAACGACGAGGAUGAAGAUGAAGCGACCAACGCUGGGCGCAGCCAACAGUUUGAAAAGCAUGGUGUGGAAGAUGGCGAAGACUAUUUCACAACUUCUUUGGGAGCUCGAUCAGCUAAACUGGCAUCUUCUCAUGAAUCAUUUGCGAGAGCUGCAACAACAAUUCGUCAGGCACAUCCAAGACGUGGCGCCCACGCCCGGACAUUAUCAACAAACACCAUUCUGUACAAUCCAGAGGAUCAACCUAGGCCUCAACCUGCACCGCCCGUUUCACCACCCAAGGCGAUCCCCUCUCGGAGACCCAACACGAGCGGGCGUACUACUGGUACAGAUACUGCCGCUCAUACAACCCGGCACAACUCCCCUCGAAGAGCACCUCAGCUAUCAAGUUCAAAGCCACGACCGAUUCUAGCGCCACGUGGUAUGACCGACAGCGGUGGUGUGAGCAAGUCAGCAAUGCUCAGCCUUGCCCCUCGUGACAGGCUUAGGCAAGCUAGGCGGCUGUCGUCAGUUGAUCUGAGCAUCAUGUCUGACAAUAUGGGUAUCGAGGACAACAAUGCCGGGCUAGCAGGCAGCUUCCAGACACAAAUGGCAAUGGCCCUGAUGAAAGACAGCCGGAUGCGUGCUGCUGGAGGGCUUGAGGCUGCAGACCGUGAUAGGAUGGGGAGGCUGGUCCUAGCACGGAUGAAAACACUGGAAGAGAGCUUUGCGGAUGUCAUCAAGGAAAUGCGAGAUUUGAAGAAUAGCUCUACUGCACCACAGUCGCAACGCAACUCGUCCGGAGACGACUUUAAAGCAGGAAUUGCUAGCAGUGAGCACGAGCGACGGAAGAAGAGCAAGGGCGAUGUCACACCUAGGAAAGUGUACGGCAAACGACCCGUCAGUCGACGAAGCAUGAAAGAGAGCAAAGUAGGUUUGUCGAUGAAGCGCGAACCACGGGGAAAGGGCAAGGGAGUGGCGGCUUCAUCGAGUGACAACGGAGAUGAUGGCUUCGCAAAGAAAGGUAGCUCCAUGUGA